AUGGACGACGAAGGCCAAUAUGACGAGUUUGGUAACCCUAUUGGGAAUCUAAACAAUUAUUCAGAUAUAGAAAGUACUAGUGAUAGCAAUUCUGAAACAGAUGAUUUAAAUAUUGAUGAAGAAGAUAUAUCAGUACCCCCAUUUGUUGAAACAGUAGAAGAUGAAGGAGACGUAGAAAUGGAAGAACUUAUAAUACACAAUGAAAAUAUUGACGAAAAUGAAGUAGAAGUGCUAGUAGAAACUAAUAAUACCCAGGCUAUAAAUGAACCACUAGUCAAAUCACAGAUAUAUAAAACUAGAGGUGAAGAAUAUUCAUUAUUCCCGUCAACAAAGAAAGAUAUACCUAGAAUAUCAUAUGAUAAAGAUUAUAUGAUCGAAUUAUUGAGAUUACCUGAAAGAAUAAGAAAUGUAGCUGUAAUAGGACCGUUACAUUCGGGGAAAACUGCUCUUGUUGAUUUAUUUGUACAGGAUGCACAUGAUAAACUCCCUCAUAUGAGUAAUAACAUAAAACAAGGUUGGACGGCCUUGAGGUAUAUGGAUAGUUUCAAACAAGAAAUCGCAAGGGGUAUAAGUAUAAAAUUGAAUGGACUAACCUUUAUGGGUACCGAUUUGAACGAUAAAUCAAUGGUGUUAAAUGUACUCGAUGCCCCAGGUCAUGUCAACUUAAUAGAUGAAUGUGCCGUAGCUUUAGAAGCAGCCGAUAUUGCAAUUAUUUCUAUAGAUAUUGUCGAAGGUAUUACAUCUGUAGUUAAAAAACUGAUCGAUAUAUGUGAGAAAAAGGGAAAACAAUUUAUCUUUUUGAUUAACAAACUUGAUAGGCUUAUUCUUGAAAUGAAAAUACCGCCUAUGGAUACAUAUUUGAAGAUAAAACAUACAAUCGAAGAGAUCAAUGAACUUACCACUGGGAAUUAUUCUCCAGAACUUGAUAAUAUUGUAUUUGCAUCAACAAAACUGGGAUUCACUUUCACAGUGAGGGAAUUUGUGAAAUACUAUUAUUCAAGAAGCAUUCCAAAUGAUAAAAUAGAAUUAUUCAUUAAGAAAUCAUAUGAACAUGUUACUUUGAACAAAGGGAAGUUCCAAAAAAUUGUAAAUCCUGCUUUGCAGAAACCAACUUUUCAUGAUCUUUUCAUUCUUCCAUUAUACAAAAUAAUGAGCUCCACCAUUGCUUUAGAGGAAAAGACUUUGAACGAUUUUGUAUUGACGUUACAGAAUCAAUUUGGCAUAGUUAUUGAAAGUCCUCAAGAUCUUUUAAAAAUGGAUCCAUACCCACUUCUAAGAUAUAUCUGUAAAUUGAUUUUCCGUGAGAAACAGACUGGUCUAUAUCAUUCCAUUAAUAAUAUGGAACCCACAAACUAUUUUACUUACACCAAGUCAAAUAAGGGAUUGGUAGCCAGAGCAUUAAAGACAUUAGAUUAUGGAGGAGAAGAAUUUUCUCUUGUAAAAAUAUUAUCAGGCGAAUUAUUUGUCAAUACUAAUGUACAUAUAAUUGAUUCAGGUAACGAGGUUGAUGAAGAUGAUACCGAUAACGAUUCCAUAAGUGCACGAAUUACAGAAAUUGCAUUAAUGGAAGGUAGAUACACUAUUGAUGUUAGUUGUGCCGGACCUGGUCAAAUUGUACUUGUUAAGAAUAUUUCAAAAUAUUUUGAUAAAUCGGCUACUCUGUAUUCUGGCAUUAAGAGAUCAGAAUUACCAAUUUUUGGUCCUAUUGACUACAUUAAUAGAGCAUGUUUCAAAGUUAUUAUUGAACCAGUAAUACCAAAGGAACUGCCAAAGUUGUUGGACGCCUUAGUUAAAGUCUCGAAGUACUACCCAGGUCUUGUGACUAAGAUUGAAGAAUCUGGUGAACAUGUUAUAUUAGGAUUUGGUGAGCUUUAUUUGGAUUGUUUAUUGUAUGAUCUAAGAAACACAUAUGCACAUAUUGAAAUCAAGAUAUCUAACCCAGUUACAAUAUUCUCAGAGGGUGUCGAUAAGGAGUCUUUUACCGCAAUCCCUGUAGAAUCUACCAAUAAGAAUAUUUCCAUGAGUAUUAGUGCUAAGCCAUUGGAUUACAAAUUACUAAAUGAUAUAAGUCAAAAUAAAAAAAGUGAAAUGGAUUUAGAAAAAGAUAUCUUAACAGGUAACGUUAGAAAAUUAAGUAAAAUGUUAAGAAAUGAAUACGACUGGGAUUCCUUGACGGCAAGAAAUGUGUGGACCUUCCACCAUAGUAAUAUAUUUGUUGAUGAUACUUUACCGGAUGAAACAGAUAAAGAAGUGUUAAUGCAACAUCGACAACAGAUUAAACAGGGGUUUUACUGGGCCGUUAAAGAAGGGCCAUUGUGUGAGGAAUACAUGUACGGUAUCCAAUUUAACUUAUUAAACUUUAAAAUAAAUGACACCGAAGAAGUCAAAAACUUAGGAAGUCAAUUAAUCCCGAUGGUUAGAAAAGCAUGUUAUAUUGCUAUGAUGACAGCAAAACCCAUUAUUAUGGAACCAAUAUAUGAGAUUAGUAUUAUCAUUAAGACACAAUUAAUCCCAAUUGCUAAAGAGUUACUCAAUAAAAGAAGAGGGGCCAAAAUAUUUAGUUCAAGAAAGAUUGGAGGUUCACCUUUAAGUGAAUUAAUUGGUAGGAUACCUGUGAUAGAAUCUAUCGGUAUAGAGACCGAUUUGAGAUUAAGCACACAAGGUGGUGCAGAAUGCCAGUUACAAUUCUGGAAUAAUAAUUGGAGACGUGUCCCAGGGGAUGUCUUAGAUGAAGACGCUAUUAUACCAAAAUUAAAACCCGCUCCAUAUGAAAGUCUAAGUCGUGAUUUUGUUAUGAAAACAAGACGUAGAAAAGGUAUCUCCAAUGAUGGAUUUAUGUCGAAUGAUGGUCCUUCAUUGAGUAAGUACAUUGAUCCAGAAUUAUUCGAACAAUUAAAACUUAAUGAUUUAAUAUGA